AUGGAUUUGAACGGAACACAGAUUCGACCCCUGAUUUUAGGCGACUCUGCUUAUCCACUGAAGUCAUGGCUUAUGCGCCCCUUCCAAGACAACGGAGCCUUGACCCCUGCCCAGCGACACUUUAACAAGGAACUUAACCAAGGUCGAAUAGUGGUUGAACAUGGGUUUGGUCAGACUAAAGGGAGAUGGCGAUGUUUAGACAAGAGAAUCGAUGAGGAUACAAGGAGAAUUCCUCAUACGAUUAUUGCGUGUUGUGUAUUACACAACAUUUGUAUUUUGCUUCACGAUGAUUUUGAUGUACCCCGUUUGAGCGUCUGUCGUGAGCAGCAGAAUGUUGGAGAAGACGAAGUUGGACCCCAAGACAUUAGACAGGCAAUUGUCGAUUACCUUUUUUAA